AUGGAAUCAACUCCAGUCGUCGACGACGACGACGACUACAACGAAGGCGAAGACGUGAAGCUCACGGCGAAAGAGUAUCUCGACCUCAUCAAGUUCCACAACGAUCCCAAAGGUCCUCUCAAAUAUACGUUCGUCGAUGAAGAUCCCUUAACGGGCGAAGACGUAAUUUCCGAAGGCGAAACUGAAAACUUAGACGUAAAAAAGUGUACGAAUGGAAGUUUAGACUUUGACGACGUCCCCGAAGCCACUCCAGAACAGAAGAAGAAUAACGGUUGGACGAAGAACUGGCCAACCGUGUGGCGUUCGCACGAGGAAGAUCUAAAGAAUUUCAAACCUGAAGAGAGAGAGCAAUGGAGGAUGAAAGAGAUGGAAGGCGAAAACGACCGCGUGCAGUGGUUCGAUCUCACCGGCGGAAAGCGAGUGAUGGAGGCGAAACAGAGAGCGAGGAUCGAGAGUUGCCGUCACGACACGAAGAAUUUGAAGAUUUGGAGAAAAGAGGCGCGAGAGGAGAUUGCUCUCAUGCAACGUCUUCGCAAAGAGCACGGGCUCGUCGAUGACGACGGAGAAGAAGGGAACAUGGGCCCGAGAGAAACGGUGGCGCCGGCGGCGGCGCCGACUGCAUUUCUUCGAUACGAUAUCGACGAAGAGAAGAUCAACAUUCCUUUACUAGGCUUGGGUACUUGGAAAUCGAAUCCUGGUGAAGUGCGUAAAGCCGUCGAAGUCGCUUUGAAGUGCGGUUAUCGACACAUCGAUUGCGCUUCCAUAUACAAAAACGAGGAUGAAGUCGGCGACGCGCUCGAACACGUUUUCAAGACAACAACGUUGGUCCGCGAAGACGUUUUCAUUACCUCCAAAGUCUGGAACGACAUGCAUAAAUACGAGCAAGUGUUACCAGCGGUUCAACAAACGCUUCGCGAGUUGAAAUCUGAUUAUCUCGAUCUCUAUUUGAUUCACUGGCCGGUUACCGAUUCGAACACGCGAUAUAUCGAUCCUCCGAUUGAAGUCACGUGGCGCGCGAUGGAACGACUCGUGGAUAUCGGCGCAGUCCGUGCAAUCGGUGUUUCAAACUUUUCCGUCAAGAAGUUGAAGCACAUUUUGAGCUUUUGCAAGAUCAAACCGGCAGUGUGUCAGGUAGAGAUUCACCCGUAUUGGCGCCAAGCGGAAAUUAUUGAGUUUUGCGAACAGAACAAAAUUCACGUCACGGCGUAUUCGCCGUUGGGGAGUCCGGACUCCGCAUCGGUUUUGGGGAGAAGUGGACCAAACUUGAUGGACGACGCGGUGGUGAAAGAAGUCGCAUCGUCGGACGAGGCGAACAAAAAUAUCGGGCAAGUUCUCGUUCGUUGGGCGUUACAAACUCGACCGAAAAGCUCAGUAUUGGUGAAAUCAAUCAAUCCGGAGAGAAUCAAGUCGAAUUUAGACGUGUUCGAUUGGCAGCUCUCAAAUGAGUCCAUCGCGACGCUUUCGAGUUUACCGACGCAGAAACGAAUGGUGGACGGUUCUUUUUUCAAAUUAGAAUACGAUUUGUGGGACGAAAGAGUCGACGAGAAAUCGUCCUACGGCGGUGCCAUGCCUUCGGAAACAUUCGUCACGGCGGAAACGUUCGACAGAGACGGGAGUAAAAGCAGUAAGUUACACCCAGGAUUCGUCAAAAGCGCAGCAGUAGCUGGGAGAAGGAAGUCUGCGGGGGUGCCGUCUACGAUCAAAGAAAAUUUGAACAACGAUUCCUCUUCCUCCGACGACGAUAUCGAAGAUCCACGAAAGGCUUUACGUCAAUUGAAAAAUCUCUCGACGCGAGGCCAAGCUGCGUUGCGCUAA